AUGGGAGAGGCGGCCGUGGCCGCGGGGCCUUGCCCACUGCGCGAGGAUAGCUUCACGCGCUUCUCGUCGCAGAGCAAUGUGUACGGGCUGGCGGGCGGCGCGGGCGGGCGCGGGGAGCUGCUGGCCGCCACUCUUAAAGGCAAGGUGCUGGGCUUCCGCUACCAGGACCUCCGACAGAAAAUCCGGCCCGUGGCCAAGGAGCUGCAGUUCAACUACAUUCCCGUGGACGCAGAGAUUGUCUCCAUCGACACCUUCAACAAAUCACCCCCAAAGCGGGGUCUGGUUGUGGGGAUCACGUUCAUCAAGGAUUCAGGAGACAAGGGCAGCCCGUUUCUUAACAUUUACUGCGACUACGAGCCCGGCUCUGAGUACAAUCUUGACUCCAUUGCCCAGAGCUGCCUGAACCUGGAACUCCAGUUCACUCCUUUCCAGCUGUGCCAUGCAGAGUAUGUAAGCCACAGGGUCCAGGUCGGGAAUCAGCUGGAGACGGUGUUUCUCCUGAGCGGGAAUGACCCGGCCAUUCAUCUCUACAAGGAGAACGAGGGGCUGCAUCAGUUUGAAGAACAGCCCGUGGAAAACCUCUUCCCAGAGCUCACGAAUCUGACCAGUAGCGUCCUCUGGCUUGAUGUCCAUAAUCUCCCCGGCACGUCCCGGCGACUCUCAGCUCUGGGCUGUCAGAGCGGUUAUGUCCGAGUGGCCCACGUGGACCAGCGAAGUCAAGAGGUUCUACAGACAUGGGCGAUCCUGCAGGACGGCCCCAUCUCCCGAGUGAUCGUGUUCAGCCUCUCAGCCCCCGAGGAAACCCAGGACCGGCCACAGCGGGAAGAGUACAGUGUGCUCGUGGCCAGCAUGUUGGAGCCAGCGGUGGUGUAUCGGGACCUGCUGAGCCGAGGCCUUGAGGACCAGCUUCUCCUGCCCGCCAGUGACCAGUUUGACAGCGUCCUCUGCGGCUUGGUCACCGACAUAGAUCUGGACGGGCGCCCCGAAGUCCUGGUGGCCACCUACGGACAGGAGCUGCUCUGUUACAAGUACCGCGGCCCGGAGUCCGGGCUCCCCGAGGCCGAGCGUGGAUUCCACCUGCUGUGGCGGCGUGGCUUUUCCAGCCCGCUGCUGGCGCUGGCACACGUGGACCUGACCGGGGACGGGCUGCGGGAGCUCGCCGUGGUCUCCCUGAAGGGCGUGCACAUCCUGCAGCACAGCCUGGUCCAGGCCUCGGAGCUGGUCCUGACCCGGCUUCGGCAGCAAGCGCAGCAGAGGAGACGCCAGUCACAAAGGCCUGGGGACAGGGCGGCUCCAGGGCCUGCUGAGACCCCGGCCACCUGAGCUCCCACCCACCUCUGGCCCCAGACGCAGGGGUGAUUCACUGGGACCGUCACCUUUAGCCCUUCAUGGCAGGGAAGCAUCCCGAAGGAGG